AUGCUCAGCAUACAUUCUACUUCAGUAGAGCUGGAGGGUGUACCUACAGAAAUCAUGGUACAAGGAUUUGCAGAUCGUAUCCUCGUACUUGUUACGCAAUUGGGCAAAGUUGGCAACUUGAUUCAAGCAUCCAUCCCAUCGACGACGCCACUAUUAUCGGCUGAUCUCGAUGAGGAUUCAACUGAUGGACUCCCUGCGCCCCCUGCGGCCAUUCAACUCACACCACUACUCGGUGGCGCUUCCUCUGAACAUCUGCAGACGCUGCAUUCAUUAUAUGCUGCACAAAUCGCCACCAUUAUCUGGGUCGAAGAAGCAAAGAAGAUGACUGUGAACCGAAGAAGUGUUGUAGUUGGAAUAGCGCUUCAUAGAGAUGCUGAUGAAAGAAACACAUUCCACGGUGUAAUGAAU